UCGAGAGGGAUUCGUUCCCAUGACCUGACGCCCAACCUGCACAAAAGCAGCUGCUAUCCUGCAACCAAAACCCACUCACCGCUGGAGAGAAAGGAGAUAAAGAUAGACCAUGGAUGAUGGAUGCACCCAAGGUUAGUUUAGAAUAGAUAACUUUUGGCUUGAUCCACUGGGCAUCUCGAGCUAAACCGUCAUUGAACUUUUCUCUCCUUUCUUGUGCUACCUUUUCUUUUCUUUUCUUUUUAUUUUGCCUUUUGUUUAAUUCGUUGUUUUACAGCUUCACCUACCCUACCCACAUGCCCUUUUGCUUUUUUAUCUGCAUCUCGAGUAGAGAAAUCACACAAAACAGCCGCCCCGUGUGAUUAAUUGUGGGAUCUGAGAUUGCCUUCUGUGCUGAUUUUGGUGGGGGCUGGAUUUCUUCUUAUUUCGUAGUCCUCCCUAUUCCGUUUCUGGAAGUGUUGUGAAGGCACAAUCAUAACAAAUAUAUUGUUGUGUUUGGGAUAAACAUUUCAGGAAGAUCUGCUAUUGAUUUGUGGCCACUACAAAAGCACUGCUCUGUACUAAAUAGUUUAAUUCACUCCAAAAAACACUAUGCACUGUCACUAAUAACGCCGGUUCUCAGAGCUCACGGUGGUUUUUGUCUUUUCCAGCUUAUAAUAUGUGCACUGCCACUAAUAACGUGGUUCUGAAGGCUAGAACCGAAACCCAUGUGGAAUUCUAUAAUAAUGUGUUCUUGUUGCCAUCUCGUAGAGGCCCACCUCUCCCAUCAUACGGUCAUUUCAUACAAUUAAAGUUUAUGUUUGAUUGAACGAAUGAGUUAAAAGGUCGAUGGCCCCAGAUUUCUAUCUAACUUUAGGCUAUAGUCGAGUUAUUGCAGUCUGCGCUGAUGCAUCUUGUAGGCCUUCGGAUGUUCCACUUUGGCGCCUUAGCCGAGUCGAAAAUUACCAAAGUUUUACUGCUGCUGAUAUUGCUAACCCUAGUUAACCGGUAGAUGUGAUUAAGUGAACUACUACUAUAAACUGCUGUGUUUUGGUUUGUUUGUUUUUUUAUUGUUUUGUUUUAUCCUCGGAGCUGACUGUGGAGUGAGCGACGACGACAGCACCAGCGGCGUUGUUUGUUCUGACGCACUGUUCCAGCCAGCGACCAGUCUCUCUCACCAUGUGAAAUGGUGGGGGUUGCUGCGAGUCGUCCAAACUCCAAAAAGGAUCCCACAUCCACAUGCUGCUGCUAACGAGCGGACACCUCCGAUCUCUCCCGAGAAUUGCCCUUUGUCUUCUACUUCACGCAGUCUCAAACUCAGUCUACCGGGAUGGAGAGGAGGAAGGAGGUUUAGGAGGAGAUUCAAAUUCAAUCAACUAAAUCUCUCUCCCUCUGCUUUUCUUCUCUUCUCUUCCUCCACCAGCUCUCCUGCAGCACGAGAUUAACCAAAGAGAGGGAAUAUAGCGAGAGGGGGGGAGCUCUGCUUCCCUUCCCUAUGCUUCCAUUCGAUUUCCUCCCUUUCUCCAACUUUCAGACAGAAAGGAAGUGGAAGAAAGGAACAAAAAUGCCCUCUUCCCUCUUAGCUUUGCUGUUCGCUUUCUACCUUGUCACCGGAGUCACGUUGCAAGCCGCCUUCCUCGAGCUCCACCCACUCGGUUCCGACGGUUUCGACUCCGCCACCGUUCCUUCCUUCCCCGUCGCCCAGGGCGACAACCAGAGCGUCUGCCACCUCGACCUCUCAGACGAGCUCUUCGGUGGGGUCAACGACGCCUGCGCCCGUGGCGGCCUCGGCAGGAGCCGUUGCUGCCCAGUGCUCGCCGCCUGGCUCUUCGCCGCGCACGCGCGCUACGCGCUCGAGCUCCGGCCGCCGCUGGAUGCUGCGCAAGGACUCGCCGGCGCGGACGGGCCGAUGAUGCCGGACGAUAACCAGAAGUGCGUGGACUCGUUGCAGAGCGCGCUAGAGCUGCGCGGCAUCCGCCUGCCGCGGGCCAACGCCACCUGCGACACCGUGCUCUGCUUCUGCGGCAUCCGGCUCCACCAAGUCGGGUCGCUUCGGUGCCCGGCCGCCUUUAAUGUCAGCGGCGGAAAGGAUCCACCGCGCAACGCCACGCCGACUGCAGCGGUACGGCAGCUGGAGCGCGACUGCCUGAACGCCUCGUACGCCGGCUGCACCCGGUGCUUGCGCUCCCUCGAGAAGUUGAAAGGGAACGGCGGCGACGACGGCGACCGCAGCGAAAGCGGGAACCGGACUGCGAGGAUGUUUGGCCGCGACUGCCAACUAAUGGGGUUGACGUGGCUGCUGGCCAGGAACCGGACGGCAUAUAUCCCCACGGCCUCCGCCGUCCUGCGCGCCGUUCUCUACAGCGCCCACCCUCCCCAUGGCGGAGGAGAGUCGUCGGAUUACAAAUGCAGCCCGGACCAGGAGAACAUGCCGCUCGCCGUAGACUCCCUCCAAUUCCAGCAACUCGCCGACUCCGCUGCGGCACCGCCUCCUCCUCGUGCUUCGCCCGGAGCUUUAACUGUUGCACUUGUACUCUCUUACACAUUUUUGCUGCCCAUUCCGCUCUAUCGGCUCCACUAGCUAGCUAUGAGCCGCAGUCGGCCGUGUUCACCUGUCUGCCCACCCACUGUACAUCUUCUAUCCAAAGCUACUUUUCGGUUGCAUUUUUUUUUUUUUUUUGGGUGGCUGAAUUCUUCCACUCUAAUCUGUCUGUUUUUGUCCUCCUCCUCCACAAUAUAAUAUAUUGUGGUGUUUUAUGGAGUCCUUUAGCUUUUCUUUA